CGGGUGAGGUUGGCUCCUUGUAGGUCCGGCUUCUUGAGCCGGAGGAUCGCUAGCCAGGCUGCUUAGAGCGAGCGCCCCUUUACGCGCCAUGGAGAGGUUUCUGCUGUGCGCCCUGGUUUUCCUGCGCUCUUUGGACGCCGCGGUUGCGAGAACCGCGAAUACGCCGGGACACCGAGCGUGGAACGCCGAGUUCCAGCCCAGCCUCGACGCCUCGCGGUGUCCCCAAGAGGAGCCCCACCAGCACGGGCUCCGCGAUGGUCCAGGCGAGGGGAACACUUGCCGCCCAGCCGCCGCCGCGGCUUCCCUGUCGGCCCAGCCCGGCGUGGCUCUGGCCCGGUGGUCCACCGAGGGCUGGCCGGAGGCAAACGCCAGCCGCCCUGAGGGAGGGGAAACGGACGACCCCGCCGCGAUCGAAAACAGCGAAACGGCGUACUGGGGCUACAUGUUUCUUUUCGUCCUGCUACUUCUGGCUGUGCUUGCUUGUUGCUUCUUCUCCUUGGCGUCUCGGAAUCCGGCGUCAUGGCCAGCCGGCCAGAGGCCUGAAGAAUAUCUUCUGAGGAAGUACACCCGUCUCCACCGUCCACGAGACUACGGCACACUCCCAAACACAGCCCCACAGUCUGCAGACGGCCAGGACUCUGACACCGUGGGGGAAAACCCCCCACUCCUUGCGCCUGCUGCCGGUCAAGAGGACGCGUUGCCUUCAGCUGGCUUGGGGGAGAGGACGGAGCCGAAGUCUGUGCCAGACACCACUGUGGAAAUCGAAGGCUCUACCUAGAGAGUGGAAGACCCAACGUGGUGCAUUUAUCCAAAAAGGACGCCCUAUUCUGGCUAAAUUCAGGUUUCUUUUUAGGAUCAAGGAAGCAAACCACUGCUAUAGGACUGUGCUUUUAAUCACACAUAUUGACUCAAGCUGACUGUUCUUUUAAAUGUUGUGACAUACUUUUCCAGAAAUGGACUGAGCAAACAAGAUGUAAAUAUUUUCCCACUAUCCCUGCAUGCUGAGUGGUCAACCUGUGGCUCUCCAGGUUUGGCUGGCCUGCAGCUCCCAUCAUCCACUGGUAUGCAGCCCCAGAGUUGAUGGGAGAGGCAGUCCAGUCAUAUCCAGAGGACCCAAAUUUGCCCGCCUGUGGGUGACUCUGUGAAGCUUCUGUGGUGCCUUCUGCUCAAUGUCUUCACUUUAGAGGAGUGCUUCCCAGCCUUGGGUCACCCAGAUGUUCUUGGACUGCAGUUCCCAGAAACCUCGGCCAGACCAGCUGGUGGUGAAGGCUUCUGCGUGUCUCAGUCCAAGAACACCUGGGUGACCCAAGGUUGGGGACCCUUGCUUUAGAGGCCUUGAAGAUGAGGGUCAACCUGUCAUGUUGAUGUGGCUGGACUGGAACGGCCCCACUUCUCCCAUUUUAAGUAGUUUCAGUGAAGGAGUUGAUGUACUUUAGAUCAGCCUUUCUUUGGCCUACACUGGUAGAAAAUCUGGCUCCACAAGGGGGUGGGCCUAUGAAGUGAGGGGUAGGGCUCCUGUCCUUUUAGCAGCAGCUUAGAAGAAGACAUUCCAACAGGCCUAACUUGUAAAACAACAUCUGUUCAAUUAUGAAAGGGACAGGAGUACCACUUGCCAUUCCUGGGGCCACCCUGAUCAACCAACACCUUUUCUUGUUGGUGCCAAAAUGGCACAGCCCCUCUUCCAAGCUUGUCCAAAACCCCAGUGAUCAGACGAGGAACCAAGAUCUGUUUGCAAAGGCGUUCCACGUAGCCACAGAAUCCUGUGAGAUGGGAGAGUCAAUGUUUCCAGUCAAAACUCCACUGGGAGAGCAGCGAACCGGGGGAAACGAAGCAGAGGUCCCUGAAAUGGACUCCUUAAACAUUGCCAACGAAGACGCAGGUCAAAACGACUGUUCAGAUGUGACGUGAAAGGCUUAGGUUGACCUGGCCUUGUACCAAACCUGCCUCGAGAUGUGUGUGUAUGAGGGUGGGUGGGUAAAGUACUUUGGCUCAGCUAAUAUAUGACAGAUUCUGUUUGUCCGCCCACUCCGACUUGAGACCCACUGUCUUACCCCUGGAUAAUUGUUUGUGGUGGUUUUGAGGUCCCCACUCACAUCAGCAAGGUUGUGUACCCACUUUUGUCGAUGAAGCCAAAACAGGCAAACCGCAGGGGUCUUGCCCCUUUGGAACGGAAAUGCUCCUGCGGUGCAGGAUGCUGUUCUUAGCACAGACACAAUGACCACAGCAUGUUUUCCAAUGUGCACACCGACCUAUAAAGAUGUAUCAAUAAAGAUUCUGCUCUUGGUGAGUCGAAAUGGC